UUUGCUGGCAAAAUUGAUAGUUGAAACUUUUCUCGUUACUUUCUUUGCCCAUAAUUCUUCUCAUGUUGAUUAUGUUUUCGCCCGUGUCUUCGUUCUCAGUAGAUGUAUUUUCACAAGGCUGCAAAAAUGACCACGUCCACGUAUGGAGGUUUCUUAAAAGAACGACUCCAUCAUCCGCUGCAGUGGAAGAGGAUCGACCCAGUUAUGCGGAUCCCAUCAUAGUCUGCAACCGCACUAUGGUUUUUCUUUCUUGACGAGGGAUAGAAAGACAGUGUCCGCACGAAUGGCCGCUCAAGGACAUAGCCAACCAUAAUAACGAGCGCGAGAAAACCCGAAACGGAUACAAUGGGAGGACUAGCUGUUGAACAGUCUACCGCUAGCGCUAAACCACCGCUCUUAAUGCGCAAGCUAGCAGCGGAAAUAACACCUUGGAGAGUGUUUUUGAUUCUCGCACUUUGUUAUGAGCGUCCGAAGUGCACCAUCUCCAAAGUCAUCUUCUGGACAAAGAAAGUAAGAAGGAAAAGGGACGACCCAGAUCCAGAUGAUGAUCUGAUGUGAGAUGCACGACUGACGAUGCCUCUAACUUUGGAAUGGCAUUCUUGCGGCACUCAGUCGGUGGAGAUUCGCAAGGGGCUACGAGCAAUUGCUUGGUGGACCUGGAGGCGCUGGGGGAGGAGACGGAGAAGGUGGACGAAACAAGUCUUUUGUCGAUAAAGUCAAGGAUGCCUACGCCUUGUUGAGGAGGAAACUGAGGAGACCUGUGGAGGAGGAAACUGAAUUUUCCCGACUUAUGUUGAUCCUUUCUCUCGGUGUGGGUCGCAAAGAAGUGCUAUGGUUCGCGCUGCAUGGGUCCGUACUCAUGCUCCGUAGUUGGCUCUCUAUUCGGAUCUCAGAGCUCUACGGUGUUGCAACCGCGUUGGUUGUAGAGGGAGUUUGGGCGGAUUUUCUCGCACACUGUUCACGCUUCGUGCUGUACGGAUGCGUUUCUAGUUUCGUGAACAGCACUUUGCGUUGGUGCCAAAACUACAUAGCCGAUGCGGUUCAACGUCGGACGACCGAAAAUAUUCAUGCUCUGUAUCUGAAAAACAGGAACUACUAUCAUCUUUCGCUCGCUACGAUCGAGGGAGACUCUAGUCGUGCUCAGCGGGAAGGCGACUCUAGUGCUCAGCGGGAAGCAGGAGGACCACAUCAGAACCUAAGACACAGACUACUCGAAGAUCUUGAAGAUGGGUAUGCACGGACCUCCAAUCCAGUCUCGCCUCGCUCGCCUACGUGGCAUUCUAGAGCGAGGCCUGGAGCAGCUUCGUCUUCAGAAGGAACCAGCGUGCUUUCAGUAGGCAAAGUGACUUCAAGUCCAGCUUCCGGAACAGCGACAUCAAGUGGAGGUGGAGUCCGCUCCACUUCACGACCUCCCAUGUUGAUGGGGUCUGCGUCUCUCCGCACCGCUUCACCACCUCCCAUGUUGAUGGGGUCUGCGUCUCAAGCUCAGGAACACGGAGGAGCUCAAGGAACAGAAGAAAACGGAACAGAAGAAAACGAGAACUAUAAUGAAGAAACCACUCAUUGCACUUCGAUUGGUUUAGACGGAGCAUCUGGCUUGGACGGAGUCCUUGGGAAAGGAAGCAGUACUGCGAAUGAUGUUUCUGCGAUGUUGAGCGCAACGAAGUCUACUGCUUUGUCGCGCAGCCAGGGAGCAGGGCCAGCCAUUGUGCUUAAGAUUACAACAUUGACCUUGAGCGUGUACAACUUUGGAAGUUGCCAUCUUCUGUUUGCCUUCGCGCACGACGACUAGCUACAGGUGAAGGACUGCUUGAUGUGGAUACAUUUUUGACUUUGGAGUUGUGCGACCUCUCUAGCACACUUGUAGUAUCACUGGUAUCUUCAAUGCACACUGCUAAUGUCACAGAUCCCUCCACGAAAGUAUCAAAAUCUGGCGGAAGCCAAAAAUUCGAUGCAGAUAAAAGGAUAGCGGAAGAUGUUGGUACGUUUGCUACGGAGUUUGUGCACCUGUACUCGCAUACUUUAAAUUAAGGGUUGAGAGUUGACCUCUCUGUAAGCAUUUAUCUACGGCUUUUACUUUUUCAAGUAAAUAGGAAAGUAGUCAUAGAUAUGCUAUCAAGUGGAUAGGUCAACUUGCAGCGGCUAAUUGAAACCUGCCAUGGACGUGGUAAUGAGCUCGCGCUCACUCUUCCGUACUCUUGGUUUUCAGUCCCCGCUGGUCCUCUACAGCUACUUCAUUGUGAACGCUAUGAUCAUGUCUAUUCAAAAGCCACCCUUCUCCCGUAUGAAGGCCGUGGAGGCGCAGUUGCAGUCAGCUUUUUCUGCCGCUCAUAACCGGCUUAGGGUACAUGCAGAGGAGAUAGCGUUUCUAGGCGGCGAAGCCAGAGAGCAUUUCCUCAUAGAUCAAAAGUUAGGGAACUUUUUGGACUUCAAGAAGCAGGUCUUCACAGCGAAAUGGAGGCAAGCGGUGCUGGAUCAGUGGAGUGUGAAGUUAGGUGGAAAAACCUAUUGAAUCGAAAUAUUUGCAUAAGACACGUUGCUCUGUUGCUUUUGCAUUAUACUGUACAAAUAGUUUCUCUACUCCUGUUGCUUUCGCAGCACUGACACUGUAAAAAGGCCAAGAGAUUACAGCGUACUAGUUCUUGGUUCUGAUGAAUUUCGCAGUGAACGAAAGCGUCAUUGUAGAAGUUGGCGUUAUGAUUAUUAUCAUCCUGCACAUUGGGGUCCAUUGUUGUUCUAUCCUAAUUUUGUAAUCCUCCAGUUCUUAUCAGACUACUUUUCUAACUCCAUACGCAGCCACCAUCAUCGGUAUGACGGCUAUCUCCUUUCCUUUGAUGCAGCAAUUCAUGAAGGGCGAAAUUUCGAAAAAGGAGCUCAUCGGUAAACACCGUACUGCUGAUGCACUGAUACGAAAUGCCGCAGGAGCUAUUGGCGAAUUGAUCAUGGCGGUCAAUAACUUGCACACGAUUUACGGUUACGCUAUCCGCGUUUCGGAAAUUUUGGAACGAUCUUCAGCUCAAGUUCGAGAGAGCGGCACAAGUGCAGCAUUAAGCUCGAGAAAAGAUAGACGGAAACAAGGAUCGAAGACAGAUCCUAGGACAUCAUCUCCGCAGAAAGAGGCGUUGGCGAAGAGUAAGAGUAUCGGUUCAACGUCGAGUAUCACCAGGCGGAAUACCCUUUUAUGGUAGUAGUUUUAAUGUUAAUACAAUAUCGCGGUAGUAAGAAGUAGUCGCUUCUAGUUUUAUAUUUUUGUCAUAUACAGCGCCGUCAGGCACCUGAUAAAGCAAGUACUACGCUCUAAUAAUAGACUUGUCUUCGAGUCGUGUGGCGCCGGUUGUCUCCGCAGUCGGUGCUGAGUCAUGUGCUGAUCAGACGUCUGGCACUGCAGUGGCCAUUACAAAUAAGAGGAGAAUCCUAGAACGCUACGCGUCCUUCACGACCGAUGAUUUGGCACUCUUUCAAGAAAAACUGGGUAAAAGUACAGGUGGAACCAAUACUGGAGGUGUGUCAUCUAGUGCGAAAAACAAUGCUACAUUCAGUGCGCAAACCGAAGGUCCGACGAGCUGGACGAAAAGGUCUCAGGGUAAAGACGCACUAAAGCCAGUCAGGAGAAGCCGGACCAUGCUACCGCACACACCGUCGUCGUCGACGCUCUUGCUGCAACAGCAAGCUUUUGUGCGCUUCGUAGCUCUGACCAUCGAAACGCCAGAAGGGAGGUUGCUAGUGAAAAACUUGAAUCUAAUGGUGAGACAAGGAACUCGUGUCCUAGUCUCGGGACCAAAUGGGUGUGGUAAAACCUCGCUGUUUCGCACGAUUUCAGGCUAUGGACCACUCAGGCUUUCUCAUGUUCCUGUCAUCACUUAUUCACAAUAUCCUCUGGUUGUAAGACGAGAGACCUCGUCCUCCAAUUACUAGUGAAUACUUCACAAGUGAAACAGGGAAAAGCAGUUCAACUAGCAUGUCUAAGUUGUUCUGCAUAACUAGAAUACAUCACAACUACAUCAUGAUGCAUAGGUACCCUUUUUCAUACUCUGCUGUGGCAACCAAAAUUUGGGCAAGUUAUUGUCUCCGCGCCUGGUGAGCGCGAAGCCUGGAAAGCAUCGGAGCUUUCAUCUGCUAAAGACACAAAAGAAAACACCAGCGUCGAUGCGAACCUAUCAUGCGAGUCAAAAUAUAAGCUUUAUGGUGUUGUACUAAGAGAGGACUUUCCCAACUUGCUAGAUUUAGAUUACAGGUACUGAGAUUCUGCGACUCUUAAUCGGUUACCUAGCGAUGAUGUACGUCGUUUUUAUCUAGUAGGACUCCGAAAAAGAAAAACUCGUCUAUAUUUUUGAUCAGCUUAAUGAAAUAAGGAUUUCACACAUGUUGUCUCUAAUACGCAUUGGAGAAUAACCCUGUCUUGCGCUUUCUGGAUCGCAAGCUGGACCCUGCGGGGCCUGGUAGGACUGCGAUGCGGUCUCUUACAGCUGGGACGCGUUUCAUACGGAGCACAUUUUCGGGAACUUCAAGUACUGAAGGUAGACACGACGGCCACUAUUUCGAACGGCAACACCAGCGCGAUCGCGCAACGCAGAUUUUCUAUUUGCCGCAGUCGCCAUAUCUAUGGUUCAGUACUUAAGUUGUAAUCAAUGUGUAGCUCUCUUUUUUCACCCUCAUGUUUGUUUUUGUCUUUAGAAAUAGGGAUGGCUCUAAUCUCUGUUUGCGUCGGAUCGCUUAUCGAUAACAUAUGGUACCCAAAGCUGCCAAGGCCAGACGACAGGGAAGCGAGAGGUGUCAACGAACCUAACCUGCUAUCAUGUAGUAAUUAAUAGUUGAUUCUUAUUUUUUUAUAACGUUGCAUUACGUACAGUUAGAGUUGGAAGAGGGAAAUGGGAAAAGGAAUCUUGUUUAGUGAGGUUUUUGGAAAUUCUUAUACUUGCUUUCGUGAGCGGCUUGUCUUGUAAUAAAUUUAAGUCAAUUACAUCAUUGCUACAGAACGUAUUUUGAGUCUACUGGCUUCCGUGGAGCUUUCGCAGGUGAUUAUUAGCCGUGCGGAGGAAACAGGACUGGAUUGGAGUCAGAUGCUCUCGGGAGGAGAGCGACAGAAGCUGAGCUUUGCGCGGGUUCUUUUUCAUGCUCCUGCCUUCGCGGCUCUAGACGAGGCAACCAGUGCGGUAAGCCAAGACGCGCAGGAGAAUCUCUACCGCCUUUUGUUAAGGCUACAUGAUUCCCUCUAAGUUCUUGUCGCUCCUCUCUGCUUUCCGCUGAUCUGUCAUACGGAUGCAGUGGCGCCAUGGGGCCCGCCAGGGGCUACAGCGCUCGAGUCGUUGAAUGUUUUGGCUCACAGGGAAGCCGCGAAGCCUUCUUGCUUUUGCAGCAGGGGGGUGAAGGGAGGCAACAGGCGGGCGCGUUCUGGGGUGUGGCGCGGCGUCGAGUGGCAGACGCCCUCGCGGUGUCUUCAGUUUGGCUGCCAGCCUUCCCCGUCUAGUGGAUAGGACGCCGAGGGGCAGACAUUUGCCAGGUGCCCUCAAUCUGCGCCGCCUCUCAAAUCUGAGAGCUUGGGAAAAGGCUGGCCACAGUUCUGAAGAUGAUGGAGCGCGCCCCCGCCUGCGCGGCUUCAUCGCAGUACGCGCGGAGAUGGAAAACAACAGCAGCAAGCGCUGGCAGCUGCUUCCUGGCUCAAACUGACGACACCGCUGACGGCGAGCAGGGAAGCGCGUGGGGCGAACAGCUUGCGGCUUCCCCCAGUUGAAAAGCGCCCAGGCCUGCCACGCUUCUACUGAGAACGGCUGGCGGCAGCAGCCGGGCCCGGAGGCUCCAAAUUGCAAGAAGGGCCCGAAAGAAUAGCGCAAAUCACUGCGGCACCCCAUGGGCAGAAGCGGGAAGCGCUCGCGGGCGAACAAGGAGCAGGGGCGGACAGGGGCCCCGCUUGUUCACGUAGCCGGACGCAAAGGAGGCAGAAACAUACCGAGCAUGGGGAGGUUGUUGCGCGUAUGAGUCUCUAGGCCUCGCGCCUUCUCCUCCGCCAGAUAGUUGCUUGCUUUGUUCGGUCGCAGCUGCUGAAGCGCGUGGCGCAUUGCCACCAGAAUGAAGGGGGGCACUGGCUGCGCUUGCGUUUUGUGUUCUCUUUUGUUUCCGUGCAUGCAGGUGCUUGCGUGGAUGGUGGCAGCCGUGCUCCUCGCCUGCGUCCAUCCCCUUCGCAGACGGAUCCGCGCCUCCGGUCUGUUUUGUCCUUGGCAUCGACAUCGGCGUCGCCGCGGUUUUCGGAGGGCUGCGCGCUUUGGCUUUUGAGGUGUUCGAGCAUGGUGCAGGCAGAAAGCUGCCCCGAGGGGUCCCGCGCUGGCACCAAGCGGGUCCUGGCGGAUCGGGUGUGACCGAUGUGGGCGUUGGCUCGGUCUUCUGCUGUGUGUGUAUCUCUUGCAAAAUUUGAGGUGUUUCUUUAUCUUAUCUUAUCCCAUUAACAUUAAGCUCCUGAGUUUCUAUUGUCUCUCAGUUUCUCUCUGUUUCUAACCUAAGCGGCUUCGCGUGUUACCUAUUUCUCCAUCGCGCACCGACCAGAGGUUCGUAAAUAUCAUGACCUGGAAGUAGCUUUGUGGGGCGACGGGGAAGGAGGUUGGGCAGCCACGACAAACCCCGGCACAGAGUUAUGCUGCGUCAAAACACGAAAAAGAGAAUCAACUUUUUUCAAAAGCAUUCAAAGACAAUUGCGAAAUGAAGUUAUUUCGCGCUAAAGUAAAGGUUAUGCUUGUUUUAGAUGAUGAAGGUCGUAGGAGCUCCUUCAUGUAUUCCAGACAAUCACACAGCCUUUAGUUGAUGUGCAUGUACAUCUAACUGCCUUAGCCUCCAACAAUUGCGUAGGAAGCGAAAAAGCAACGGCUACAGACGGUCCUCUCGAUAUCAAGAAUCGCGUGAACAACAAUGCUAUGCUGGAGUGUCCUACUUGGAAGUCAGAGGAAGAGCACAGGCAUUUUUUGGAGGAGAAAACAAAGAAUGGAAGUAAAAGGGGAGAGGGAGACACCAUCUUCCGCGAUAUGACUUUUACGAAGAAGUACUCGCACUCACACGAAGAAACUCUUUUUCGAUCUUCAAAAGUAAAAACUACUCAAAGUAGCAACAUCCCAAUGAAGGUUUACUAAAAAAGCCUAGAGCCUCUUUCGCCCUCUUUGAGUCUUGGAUGUUUGUUCCCCUUCCCGUGAUCUUCAACUUGCUUCAUAACUUCCAGUGAGCAAGCACCAGCGCAACGGCGUUCGGCGAGGACGGACCAGCGCGGGCCUUUCGACAAGACUGUCCAUUUGCGGCAUGGAGGCUCUAUUAUACUCCAUUCGUUCAAAACAUAAGGUUUUCUUGUAAUACUACUACACUAUUGUUCCUUCUAUACAAGAACAAUACUAUAUGGACUUCCUAAUCUUGACAUCUCUUCGCAAUUAAAACUGAAACUGUACAGUACGAUGGCAAAAUUAGUAGAUCUACACUCGCGUCAUGAAAAUAAUCUGCAAAAUCAUGUGAAGAUUCUGUCGCGUUGCGCAUAGGGAGGACUCAGCGUAGUUGAUGAAGUUAGUAUAAGGUAAUAUCACUAGUACUGCUCCAUUCUGCAGAUGCUGACUUUCCCCCCAAGUGGCUCCAGUCUAGAAGAAAAAUUCCCUGAGGUGGGACUUAC